AUGUCUCUGUCUUCAGCUUCAGCAAGUGGUUUACAAAGAAGACGAAAUGCUGGAGCUCUUAAUUCUAAUUCGUCCUCGAACGAGAAUAAUAUGCCGACAACGCUAGAUCGAACUCUUUCAAGUGGUGUUAGGAUUGCAGUUGAUCCUAAUGAAAUACUUGACGAUGAAGACAAGAAACAACCUAAUUUAACACUCAUGGAAGAAGUUCUUUUAUUAGGUUUAAAAGAUAAACAGGGCUACCUCUCAUUCUGGAAUGAUAAUAUUUCUUAUACUUUAAGAGGAUGUAUUCUUAUGGAACUUGCUUUUCGUGGUCGAAUAGCCAUGGUUAAAGAAGCAGCUCGUCGAAAAUGGCCCCUUUCAGAUAGGUUCAUAGAAGUCAUUGAUGAAAAGGGGACAAAUGAAGUAUUGUUGGAUGAAGCAUUAAAAAUGAUGAAAUCUAGUGAACAUAUGAGUGUUGGAAGUUGGAUUGAUCUGAUGAGUGGAGAAACUUGGAAUGUAAUGAAAAUUGGAUACCAAUUAAAACAAGUACGAGAACGUUUAGCAAAAGGAUUAGUAGAUAAAGGAAUUUUAAGAACAGAAAAGAGAAAUUUUUUACUUUUUGAUAUGGCAACCCAUCCUGUUAGUGAUUCUUCAGCAAAAGAUGAGAUCGUUAAUAGAGUCAUUAAAACUUUAACUCAUGUCAAUCAUUCUACUGCAGCUACAACAUCAUCAUUAAAUUCCGAUGUACCUUUUAAUGAUUUACGUACUAUAUCAAUGGUAUGCGCUGCUUAUGCUGCUAAUGUAUUGGAAAAUGCUUUAUUACAGUUAAAUCAUGAAUUAAGAGAAAAAGCUUAUACAAAAGUUGAUGAUUUAUUAAGUGAAUAUUCUGUUUGGCCUUUUUCAAAAAAAGCUAAAGUUGAUAUUCCUGAAGGGAAAGAAUUACAAAUUGAAGUCGUAGCCGCUGUUCUAAAUGUCUUUACAAAAAUGGAUAGGUUAUACCUUAAAG